AUGGAGCGACGUGGCCGUAGCAACAGUAACAGCGCCUUUGCUGCCGCCAGAUCUGUCUUCGAGCGGCCCGCAGUGCCCACGAGGAACAGCUCGUCAGAUCCCGACCGCGAGGCUGCCUCUUCGCCGAAUGCUGACGCUUCAAGCGAUCCCGAAGAUGAGUCGAGGGAAGAAUAUGUGGUCGCAUUACACGACUUUGCGUCCAGUAACGCCACGUGUCUGUCCUUCGCUGCUGGACAAGUCAUCAAGGUGUUCAACAGAGACACUUCGGGUUGGUGGGACGGCGAGCUCGAGGGCCAACGAGGAUGGUUCCCUAGCAACUAUGUGGACGAGGAAGGAAUCGGGUUCGGAAGUCCAGAAGCAAGCGAUAUGCGCCUGGAGCUUGCUGGAGAUGGUGAGCGUGACACAUCGCAACCAUACAAUGGUCGUGGUCUCGGCCUGUCGGUGCAAACACAGCAACUCAAUAAGCAGCGUCCUGGUGUGAUGUCGGCAGGCAUGCCCCAUCACCCUUCGAGGUCGCCCACACCCACCGCUCAAGAAUUUCUUGCUUCAAGCGCUAGCUCUGGUAUCCUUGAGCCUAUACUACACGCGAUCGCUCUAUUGCACAACGCAGUGCGCGCCAACAGGGUUGCGCACUUUCAGCCUUCGACGGCAUGCGUCAUCUCGUCUGUGCGCUCCGUGCUCUCCGCUACGGACUGCUUAACGCGAGAGUCGCAUGUCCUGAAGUCCCACCCUAUUUUGGCAAGGGAGCGCAAACACAUCCUGUCCGAGCUGAGCAAGCUCGUCACUCAGGCAAGGAAAGCCUCGGCUCCUAUGCCGCGGGAAGAGGGUCGCGCGCAAGAGAUGGAUGACAUGCUGGGCAUGGCGGAUGCGGUGCUGCGCCACGUGCGAAGCUUCUUGGAGGUUGCCGUCGAAUGCGGCGUCAACGUGCCUGACAGGCGCUCGUCGGUAGUCGGAGAUCGCAAUCGUGUGUCAGCUGACGCUCCACAUGCCGGCGAGCAGAGAUCGAUGUUGGGUGUUGACCGUGGAGAAGCGGACAAGACGCCCACCCCAGAGUCUCCCAGAAGCUCGGCGUACCAGACGGCCUACACCUCAGGGCAGAUGUCUCCUCGCAGCACGCGGUUUCUGGAUCUGCGCGACCGUGCUGAAUAUCCAUUCGACGACGCCGCAGCCGCCGCUAUGGUGGCCAAGCAUACAGCAAGCGAGCCUAUGACGCAAGCUGCGCGUAUCAAGGCGCAAGCUCAAGCGCGCCGUCGAUCUGAUUCCUUGACCUCCGAACCUCAAGAACAUAGUUCAGGCUCUGGCUCGGCGUCGGACUCUGGUUCAGGCUCUAAGCCGACAUCGCGGUCAGGUUCUACUGAUUCUUUGAGCGAUGCUCCGCCUCCAUCGAGCGUCAUCUGCUCCGCUUCCGAAGUUUUACAACGCCUUGGAGUAGCCAACGACCAUUUACUCUCAAUCACAGCUGCCUUCAUCGGCCACGUGCACAGCCACACACGGGACAGCCACGCGUCGAGCUUCGCUCACCUCAUUGAUAUGACACGAGAAGCAGUUGAUGCUGUUCGUGAUCUGUUGAUAGUCGUGGAGGCGGUCCACAACAGCGGCGAGCUGCAGUCUACGCUGCCGCGACAGACUACGAUUCUGUUUCAGACCAGAGAAAGUCUAUACGAGGCGACGACAGCACUGGUAUCGGCCGCCAGGGUAAUCACUUCGAAUCCCUCUGCCCAAGCCGCAGCUUCUGCUGCCCUUUCUGAUGCGAAUGAGGACGAGGAGAAAUCGCGGCUGUUGUCAGCAGCCACCGCUGUUCUCAGGACGGGUGGCGAAUGCGUCGGUGCAGUGCGUUUAUGCCUGAAUCACGCAGACUCAGCAUUGCGCUUCACACUGCCAGGCGACGGCAGGUCGACACAACGGCACGGAUCAGGAGACUCGAGCAUGUCUGCUGACUCGGCAGAGCCCUUGACUCCUGAUGAAGCUGCUGGGGAAGACGCUCUGUUGGCUGCUGGUACUGUGCGCAGAGGCAAACACACUCUAUCGUUCCUGGGUCGCAAGGCGACCAGCCUGAGCUGCCUUCGCGAGAAAUACGAGCAGAGUGGCUACGUUCGAGGCUUUGGACACAUAGCCGAGGGUCACUCAGACGAUGAUGAUGACUUUGCAGAAAGCGAAGAAAAUGCUACCGCGAGGCAGCAGUAUCAUGCCCCUCAACAAGAAAUUCGAGGAGAAUCGGAUGCGUCGCCACAGUCGACGGUGAUGCCGGACUUGGACCUACCUAGGUCUCACCCUCAGAUCUCGUCUGCGAACCAUGGCACCGACCCACAAGGAGGAGAUGGCAGCGACCACAGCGAAACGAUGUCCAGGCAGCAUUCCAGAGCCUCCGGUUCCACCUUGUACUCGGCCAGAUCAGACACUACUGGAGCAACAUCAGCUCGUCCCUCCAUGGAUCAAAAUAACGGCGCAGAUGAGCAUGCCAACGUCCCACUCACAGCACCGAUCGGGGGCACGUUCCGCGAGGCUCACAACAAGCAUCUCGCAGGGGCACCGUCUCCCAUCCAACUCAAGUUCAUGUCGCCAGACUAUCUUCCCAGCGACGUCUGCUACAAUUCAGAGGGGCAGCUGACUGGCGCAACGCUGCCCGCGUUGGUGGAGAAGAUGACUCCACACGACACCACCGUUGACGCAGCACUCUCCAAUGCCUUCUUUUUGUGCUUCCGUCUCUUCACGACGCCAAUGCAGCUGUUCGACGUGUUGGAAGCUCGUUACAACAUGCGCCCGCCUCAGGAGGUUGAAGUCAGUGCCGAAGAGCUCGUCAAGUGGACCGAUCAGAAGGUCAUGCCAGUGCGCCUGCGAAUCUUCAACUUCUUCAAGACUUGGCUCGAGACGUAUUGGCAUUCUGCCACGGAUCAUGUGAUUCUCGAACGCCUCGUCGAGUUCACACGCACUUCGAUGGCCCACUCUUUGCACCGACCAGGUCAGCGUCUGGCUGACCUGGCACAAAAACGCAUCAUCUCUGGUCCAACAAAGAAGGUGAUGGCCCAAGUCUCUGGCACCGCCACCGCCGCAGGUGUGAACAACGCCAACGGCAUCGCGCCCACUGUUGCUUCGAAACCAGGCGCUUUGAAACGCAUGAUUUCCACGGAUCGACUGCGAAAUGGCAGUCUCCCGCCCGGCAUGGUCGACCCGUCGAACAUGUACGGUUCGGCUGCCUUCACAAACAAGAAGGGACCGAUGCCCCCGCAACCGAUCAUGUCAAAGGCGCUCUUAUCUGCUCUUCGCGCCUCGCCUCAACCGCCAAUCAGCAUUACGGAGUUCGAUCCAACGGAGCUCGCCAGACAGCUGACGAUUCUUGAAUCCAAGAUCUACUGCGCGAUUCUUCCGGAAGAGCUUCUCGGUCAAGAGUUCAGCAAAGCGGCUGGGGUCAGCAGUGCCGUGCACGUAAAGAACAUGAGCUCUUUGAGCACGUCAAUUACAGGGUGGAUCUCCGAGUGUAUCCUGAACGAGGGAGAUGCGCGCAAACGGACUCAAUUGGUCAAAUUCUUCAUCAAGCUCGGCGAUCGUUGUCUCGCAUUGAGUAACUUCAACACACUGAUGGCGAUCCAGUGCGCUCUCAACUCUUCGACCAUUGCUCGACUGAAGCGCACGUGGGAUGGCUUGACUGCCAAAUACCACGUCAUGAUGGAAGAGCAACGCCGCACUGUUGAGCACACUCGCAAUUUUGCGGGCUAUCGCGCACGUCUACGAGCAACGGCCGCGCCAGCGCUGCCUUUUGUCGGUCUUUUCCUCACCGACUUGACUUUCUGUCACGAAGGCAACCCUGCAACGCGACCAUCGCCACAAGAUCCGCAAAAGCGGUUGCUCAAUUUCGACAAGUACGUCAAAAUGAGCCGCAUCAUCGGAGACCUGCAAAGGUUCCAAUUGCCUUACACCCUCCUCGAGGUGCAAGAAUGCCAGUCGUAUCUCAACAAGGUUCUGGCUAGCGUCCAACAGGCCGGCGCAGGUGGUGCGGAAGACCUGUACCGACGCAGUUUACUGUUGGAACCGCGCUCCAAGACCGGCGAGCCUUCUCCUGCCACGGUUGCCAGUAGAAGCGGCGGCAGUGGUGCCGAUGGAGGCAAACUGGGCUUGGACAUCUUCAACUGGAAGUGA